GGGAUCGUCAGAAAUCUUGGUUCCCUAACUCGAAAAAUCCCACACCUCUGUGAGAGAGUCUCAGAUUGGGUUUGCACCUGAAAUCAUAUCACACCUUUCGCAAUCCCACAAUGGCAGGCAGAGAAGUUCGAGAAUACACCAAUCUCACCGACCCCAAAGAUAAAAAAUGGGGGAAAGGGAAGGAUAAGAUAGACGACGAAGACGUCACCUUCCAACGCAUGGUCGCAAAGAUGCAAGAGGUUGCUGGAGAACGUGGAGGCUACCUUCAUGGCCGAGGCGCCUUGGACAGUGAUGACCUAUUAUAUCUCAAGGAGCAGAUGGAAGCUGAGGAGGAUGCAGAACGCCUCCUUCGCCGCACUGAGAAACGAGCAUUUGCUGCAUUUAAGAAAGCUGCAAGUUUGGCAGAUUCUUCACCUGUAUCGGCUCCCUUGACACUUCGUGUAGAGCCCAAACAAAAAAGUGGGAUUAGACAACAAGAUCUACUGAAAAAGGUGGUAGAAAUUAAACCGAAAAAGCAGAAAGUUGCAAGUCCAUCUAAUGGUAAUCAGUUGUCCCUCCCCCAAAAGAAUGUUGGUGCUACUUCAACAAACCUUAAGCCUGAAUCUGACCUGGACAAGGACAAAGCGCAUUUGUCAUCACCAUCGAUCAAAACAGAUGAUGAGUCUAAGGUGGAAACUACUUCACAAAGCUUGUUAGGCUUAGCAUAUGCAUGUUCUGAUGACGAAGAUUAAAGAAAGAAAGGCAUGGUCCUGUGAACCCUUUGUUUUUCUUUUCACUUGUCUUUACAUAGUAUUAUUGUAUGCUUGGUACUAGUUCAAAAGCUCAUUGUUUACUAAGACCACUAUAGAAUACAAUGUUUUUCGAAGUUGGUACAUUUUUGUUGU